CGUUCUCGUCAAAAUUUUUUGUGUAUUUUAUACUAGAAAAAUGUCAUUUGAUUUUAAUUACAAAUUCUGGAUUGAAACUAAAAAGGAUGUUGAGGAUAUUGUAAAGAGACAAAAUGUGCUGAAGAAGAAGAGCCCCAUUACCAAUCCAUUGGUUACAUAUAGAAUAUUUUCUGAACUAUACGUUUUGUACGUAGAACUUGUUAAUAAGCUGAGCUAUGUCUACAAUUACACAUUUCAAGUACAGAAGCGCGAAGUUGUUAGAUCUUUAGUUCAAUCAGCUGCUCGGCGAUUAAUUGAGUUAAAAAACGAGCUGAAGAACUUGGAACUAAGUGAAUAUGUUUACACUGAUAAAGCUUUAAUUGCUCGAAAAUUGAAUCCAUAUGACUUGGUUAUAUGGCGUUCUCCACAAUUCCUGUAUCGCCGUCCGCCCGAAAUACAAAAUAUUGUGUAUGAAAGGAGAAUUUUUAUGACUGAAGACGAGAAAAUUGAUGCUGAAAUUAAGAGUAAGAUAUUUUUGGGUGGAGCAGUUACCCUAAUACAAGCUCAUGAAAGGGCUAGAAGUGCUCGAGUUUACAAGUCAGCUGUAAAAUAUGAUAAGAACAAACUCAAAGUUAUUCAAAGAAAAAAACCGAAUUAUACCUUUACACAUAAAUUUGACCAACCAAUGAGCAUACCUGUAAAAAGAACAAUGUUUAGCGGAAACUUUGUAAAGCAAAAUGAAGAUUGUCAAUAUUUGCUGCAAGCAGACAAUUUGGUGAGGAAAUUGGAAAAUGAGAUCGACGAAGAUGAGUUUAACAGGCUACGUAAUGAAGCAGCAUUGAAAAUUCAAUUAGCGUGGAGGGCUCACAGAAGUAAGAAAAUACUGAAGAAAAGACAUAUUUUUAAACAAACAUUGUAUGGUAUGAGGACUAAAAAGAAAUUGAUAAAAACAAACCAGUACUUUGACUCCGUUCUCGAAACAUAUAAAAAUGAGCUGUAUAAGAAAAGACUCGAUGAAGAUUUUAUUAGAUUAAUGUCUGAUGAGAGAACUAGGCUAUUGCAAGAAAGGUCUCCCUGGAUAAUGGAGGACAUAUCUGAUCACAUACGUGGAUGGUUUCGGGAAUUCUAUGAUAAAGUUGGUGAUUUUCAUCCGUACCCAGAUGCUUUAAAGUCGGGUACUGUAUUGGUACUGAUAGACGAAACAUUUACUCCUGAGGAAUUCAAGGAAAAGUUGAAUGAAAUGAAUUUGUCUAAAGAGGAGAAGAAAAAAAGAGCUGAGAAAGCUAAACAGCAAAGAAAAAAGGAAAAGGACAAAAUUAGAAAAGAAAAAAUUAAAGAGGCUAAACGGCGUAAAAAAAUGAAGGAGGCGGGCAUUUACGACAUAGCGGAUAAUUUAAAGACUAAUAAAAAUAUAAUAAACAUUGAAAAAACAAUAAAACAAUACUCUAUUGACUGGAAAUUAAUUGAUGAAUAUCUAAAUAAAAAUCAUGAAGCAAUAAAGGAAUGGGUUACAGAGGGAGAGCUGGCAAUUCUGCAUAGGGAGCUAAGAGCUUUGGUAGAUGAAUAUAUGUGCUUGGAAUAUGAGAUGCUACGGAACGCUCUAUGUAUGGACUUAAAAAAAAAAUACAAACCUCAGAGAAAGAAAAAAGUGAAAAGUAAAAAAAGGGGGAAAAAACAAAAAAAAAUUAAAGAUAUAACGGCGGAUCGUUCACUUGAGUCAUUGUAUGAGGAACUGAAGGCUACUGGAAUAAUAGAAAAGUGUGAGAAGAAAACAUUCGAGGCAUUUAUAUCGGAUUUCAAUUUCAUCGCCGAUGACACUCGUGACGAAGAUAAUUUAACUACCUUGGGCCCGGCUAAAGCUGAUAUUAAAAUGGUUGUUCAAGAAUGUAUGCUUGGCUUGGGAGAAUUUGCUGUGGAUAAACCCAAAUCACUUUGUUUGGCAGGACCUUUGAAUAACGGAAAAAAAUUACUUUCACAAAUUAUAGCUUUUGAAACUGAUGCGGUGUUUAUGAAUCUUAGUCCAGAAAAAACCCAGGCUUUUGGCAAUAAAGACUUGAAUUACUUAAUGCAUGUAAUUAUGAAAGUUGCUAAAGCUUUCCAGCCAACUAUAAUUUUCAUACAAGAUGUACACAGAAUAUUUUGGAAAAAGGUCCCAAAAGAUCAAGAAUAUUUAAAUCCUCGAUUACUUCAAAAAGCAAUAUCCACUAAGAUAUUAAAACCAAUAAAAAAAGAGGAUAAGAUAUUGCUUUUGGGUACGACUGACGCCCCUUGGUCUGCAAAACCAAAAAUGAAACGAAUUUUUCAAAAGGUUUUAUUGAUACCUAAAUGUGAUUAUGGCACCAGUUUUUUGCUUUGGCUAGAACUUUUAACAAAUUUCGCUGGCGAAGAUUCCGUCGAUGAUUAUGUUUAUUCUGCACUGGCAAAAGUUUUGCAAAAUUACAACUCUGGCGAUAUAACGGAUAAUGUAGCUGAAACUUUAAAUGUCCGACGGCGCAUGAAAUUGAAAUCAGCACCUUUAAAUCCUUUCGAAUUCAUAGAACAUUUUAUUGGUAGAAAUCCACCAAUAUUCCCUCCUGAAGAGAAGUUACUGGAGAAGUUUCUGAAAUGGUAUCAAAGAGCCAACAAGCUAUGUAUUGUAAGAAGGAAGUUUUUGAAGAAAAAAGAACAAAAAAAUCAGAAGCGAAGAUGAUUUUCAUGCGCACAUAAAUAUAGGUACAUACGGAUAAGUAUGCUACGAUCAAGAAUUAAGUUAUUCAUGUGGUUAAACCCUAUCGCACAGAACUGAUCUUUUCAUGCGAGUUGCGAAACAAAAGCUAAUAAGACUCAUGAACGUCAUAAACGCCAUUUAAAUCUGGCGAAAGCAAAAAAUCAUUCUUACAUAAAUUGAUGGUGGUAUUUCAGCUGAUGAAAGAAGGCAGAUGUACGAAACGAUAUCGCCGUGAAUUUAUCGGUGGCACUCAAUUGGAGGUAAUGAAUAUCAUUUACAUAGGCGAAGAAAACCGAAUGACGCUGGAUGGUCAACUACUACCAAAAUGUGUAAUAUAGAUGUUGACGUGGCUUACUUUCUGCCUAUUGCAACUCUCUUAUUGACUGAAAAAGAUGCACUAAAAAUAGUAGAGAAACCACAGAACACAACCCACAACUCAUUUUUCAAAUUGUAUAUGUACCAUAUAUCCGGGGUGCUAUUGUUAAAGAGUAUGUUGGCCCAUAUUCGAGUUUUAUUUAUGCGAUUGUUGUGGCACACAUUAACAGAACCUACAUCACUCAUCGCCAUGAAAAUCGUCAACGGAGGAAAGUACCAAACUUAUAGAGAAACAUGUUUCAAAUUACUUGAAGGAUUAUAACGCUGACGCAACACUCACUCAGUCAAAGCAAAUACGAGCUCCGUUUGAGAUUAUUUUAACAAUAUGCACACCUUCAAAUCCUAAAGAACUGUGGGAGCCGCAUCGCAUUUGCAAAGCAGGAACGAGCAUCCGAUCCAAAUCAGAAACACUCGCAUGCAAUUUUCAAUUAAGCUCUGACAUUGAUUGAGAACGUGUGCAUAUCAAUCAAUACUAAAGAUCUUUAUCAACUUAGUAUGCCGGCAUCGUUAAGAGAUAGAAACGCCUGCAAAACAGAGACUUGGUGCAAGGACGGUAAUCUGAUGCAAAUGAUGUAACAAAUUUUAUGCUAACGCUAAGUGGACUUUUAAUUGGGUAAAGAUGAACCGAGAUUCGGAAUUCGAUGGAGCUUUCAGGAAUGCAACCGUACAAAUUGACAUCAAAAUUUAGAUCAUCCCCGUGGUGCUAUUACGAAUUUUUAAUCCACAAAAACUGUGGUGGGCACCAGACCGACCAUCAAAAAAUUAAUACAGAAUUUGAUCGAAGCAACAGUCAUUCAACAAUAUGUAAAGUACAUAUAUUUACAUAUAUUAGUCUGUUUGGGCGGCGCAAUGCUCGCAGAGUACUUUUUUUCUAUCAUGUAGUUUUCGAAAUAUCGUUAAUUAACGGUGUUUGAAUAAAGAAAAAACGUUAGAUCAUACUUGGAUAAUCCGUCAACCGAUCCAACCAAGUGAUAUAUAUAAUUUAAGGCAACCAAAUAUUCUGCCUUUAGUUUUCACUUCCAUUAAAAAAAAAAAUUAAGCGUUUUCAAUAUACAUAUGUACUUACAAAGUUAAAAAAAAAUUAAAACUGUAAAAAUAUUAAAAUU